GGCAGGCAAGCGGCCAGUCAGUUAAAGCCAACUCGCCGUCACUCUCGGAGCCUCCCUCCCUCACUCCCUCGCUCACUCGCUCGCUGGGUCCCUCCAACUGUGUCCGUCGUACUUUUCCGACCCGCCCGGCGAGGAGAAUGUUCAACAGGACGCGAAGGCUCUGACGGAGGCCCAACCGUGAGGUGCCGGAGGCCGUGACCCCCGGAAGGAGCCCGGCCCGCCAGGGAGCGCCAUGGCUCCCCGGAAGCGAGGCAGCGGCGGCGGCAACCGCGGCGCCGGCGGCCUCUCCUCCUUCUUCUUCUGCUGCUUCAACAACAGCGAGCACCCCGAGAUCACCUACAGGCUGCGCGAAGACUUUGCCCCGCAGGCCAUGGAGCCGGUGCUGCCCAUGCCGGGCUAUGACGAGCUGGACGGGAUCUUCUCUGAGUUGGUGGACGAGCUGGACCUCACCGAGAAGCACAGGGAAGCCAUGUUUGCCCUGCCCGCUGAGAAAAAGUGGCAGAUAUACUGCAGCAAAAAGAAGGAACAAGAGGAGAACAAGAGUGCAACCAGUUGGCCAGAAUAUUACAUCGAUCAGCUCAAUUCCAUGGCAGCUCGCAAGACGCUCCUGGCCCUGGAGAAGGAAGACGGGGAGGAGAGGAACAAAACCGUGGAGAGCUUGAAGACCGCCCUCAGGACUCAACCUAUGAGGUUUGUGACGCGCUUCAUCGACCUGGACGGCCUGACGUGCAUCCUCAACUUCCUGAAGAGCAUGGACUACGAGACCACCGAGUCGCAGAUCCACACCUCGCUGAUCGGCUGCAUCAAGGGGCUGAUGAACAAUUCUCAGGGUCGUGCCCACGUGCUCUCGCACGCCCAGAGCAUCAACAUCAUCGCCCAGAGCCUGGCCACCGACAACGUCAAGACCAAGGUGGCCGUGCUGGAGAUCAUGGGCGCCGUCUGCCUGGUGCCCGGCGGCCACAGGAAGAUCCUGGAGGCCAUGCUGCACUACCAGCGCUUUGCCUGCGAGAGGACGCGCUUUCAGACGCUGAUCAAUGACCUGGACCGCAGCACGGGGCGCUACAGAGAUGAGGUCAACCUGAAAACGGCCAUCAUGUCCUUCAUAAAUGCUGUACUGAGUCAAGGCGCGGGAGAGACAAGCCUGGAGUUCCGCAUCCACCUGCGAUACGAGUUUCUGAUGCUGGGGAUCCAACCGGUGAUCGAUAAGCUGCGUUCUCAUGAGAACUCCACCUUAGACAGGCAUCUGGACUACUUUGAGAUGCUGCGGAACGACGACGAGCUGGCUCUGUCGAAGCGUUUUGAGUCGGUACACAUCGACACCAAAAGUGCCACCCAAGUGUUUGAGCUCAUCCGCAAGAAGAUGAACCACACCGACGCAUUCCCGCACUUUAUGUCCGUCCUCCAUCACUGCCUCCUCAUGCCACACAAGAGGAGCGGCAACACGGUGCAGUACUGGCUGCUACUGGAUCGCAUCGUCCAGCAGAUGGUGCUGCAGAACGACAAGGGCCACGAUCCCGACGUCACGCCACUGGAGAAUUUCAAUGUGAAAAAUGUCGUGCGCAUGUUGGUCAACGAGAACGAGGUGAAGCAGUGGAAGGAGCAAGCGGAAAAGAUGCGCAAAGAGCACCACGAGCUGCAGCAGAAGUUGGAGAAGAAGGAGCGCGAAUGCGACGCCAAGACGCAGGAGAAGGAGGACAUGAUGCAGACGCUCAACAAGAUGAAGGAGAAGCUGGAGAAGGAGAGCGGCGAGCACAGGAACGUCAAGCAGCAAGUGGCCGAGCUCAGCGCGCGCCUGCACGAGCUCAGCGCCAGACAAGUCACCGUGGUUCCAGGCGGCGCCCCCGGGGGCCCGGCGCCACCCCCGCCCGUGCCGUCCUUCUCCGGCCUGCGCCCGCCGCCUCCGGGCGGCGCCAUGGUUCCGCCGCCACCCCCUCCUCCCCCGCCGGGCGGCCCCCCGCCAGGGCCGGGUCGCCCGCCCGGGGCAGGCAUCCCCCUGCCGCCCGGGGCCCCGCUGGGACCCUCGAUGCAGAAGAAGAAGAACAUCCCGCAGCCGUGCAACCCGCUCAAAUCCUUCAACUGGUCCAAGUUGGCCGAGAACAAACUGGAAGGCACCGUUUGGAUGGAUGUGGACGACGCCAGGGUUUUCAAAAUUCUGGAUCUGGAGGACAUCGAGAAGACCUUUUCGGCCUAUCAGAGACAGCAGGACUUCUUUACCAUCAAUAACAGCAAACAGAAAGAGGCCGAGGACGACGCGCUGGGCUCCAAAAAGGUGAGGGAGCUGUCGGUGAUUGACGGCCGGCGAGCGCAAAACUGCAACAUCCUCCUGUCCAGGCUCAAGCUGUCCAAUGAGGAAAUCAAGAGGGCCAUCCUCACCAUGGACGAGCAGGAGGACCUUCCCAAAGACAUGCUGGAGCAGCUGCUGAAAUUUGUGCCGGAGAAGAGCGACGUGGACCUCCUGGAGGAGCACAAGCACGAGCUGGACCGCAUGGCCAAACCCGACCGCUUCCUCUACGAGAUGAGCAGAAUAAACCACUACCAGCAGAGACUGCAGUCUUUGUACUUCAAAAAGAAGUUUACCGAGCGGAUAGCGGAGAUCAAGCCCAAAGUUGAAGCUCUGACGAAGGCUUCCAAAGAGGUCCUGCACAGCAGAAACCUGAAGCAGCUGCUGGAGGUGGUGCUGGCCUUCGGCAACUACAUGAACAAGGGCCAGCGGGGCAACGCUUACGGCUUUAAGGUGUCCUCGCUCAACAAGAUCGCCGACACCAAAUCCAGCAUCGACAAGAACAUCAAUCUUUUGCACUACCUGAUCACCAUCCUGGAGAAGAAAUACCCCAAAGUGCUCAAGUUUCACGGUGACCUGCCGAGUGUCCCCGAAGCAGCCAAAGUCAACAUGACCGAGCUGGAGAAAGACGUGGGCAACUUGCGCGGCGGCCUGAAGAGCGUGGAGAGCGAGCUGGACUACCAGAAGAAGCGAGCGCAGGAGCCAGGUGACAAGUUUGUGUCUGUGGUCAGCCAGUUCAUCACCGUGGCCAGCUUCAGCUUCUCGGAUGUGGAGGACUCGCUGACGGAGGCCAAAGACUUGUUUGCGAAGGCCGUAAAGCACUUUGGCGAGGACGCCGGCAAGAUGCAGCCCGACGAGUUCUUCGGCAUCUUCGACCAGUUCUUGCAGUCGUUCGGCGAGGCGCAGCAGGAGAAUGACAACAUGCGGCGGCGCAAGGAGGAAGAGGAGCGUAGGGCUAAAAUGGAGGCUCAGCUCAAAGAGCAGCGGGAGAAGGAGCGCAAGGCGCGCAAGGCUAAGGCCAACGGCGAGGACGACGGCGGCGGAGAGUUUGACGACCUGGUGUCGGCGCUGCGCUCGGGCGAGGUCUUCGACAAGGACUUGUCCAAGAUGAAGCGCAACCGCAAGCGCAUCAACAGCCAGAACUCGGACGGCGGGCGCGAACGACCCGUCACAAAGCUCAACAUGUAGGAGGUUGUUCUCCGCACACCUUCCAGGUUUUCCCUCGCUUUUGUUUUGAUUUCAUGACUAACUAACGAAGACGCCUUUUGACAGGAUCCGUCAAGUUGGGUUUUUUUUUUGCUACGUAUGAACCCUUCCUCCAAACAGGUUGAAGAUCCUCUUAAAGACUCCAAACGCGAGGCCAUUUUGUACAAAGUUGGUGAGUGGAAACUCAAGUUGAACUUUUUUCCCCUCGUCAGAGCUUUAACCGCAAGCAAAGGUCGCUGAGAAGCAGCUUUUUUUUUUUUUUUUUGACACGUGUGCAGCAUUUCUAUAAGUAACAUCAGAUCACUGUUUAAGAGCUGGCCUUAACUGUUUAUAAUUUUCACGUCAAGUCGGUACUUUUCCAGGCCUGGGCCUAAAAUGUCCAAGCAAUUUUGAGCGUGGACACUUGUGUAUGUCCUCGAUGACAUACGGUAUAUGUGUUUAAAAAAAACACGCAAGGUUAAAAAGGUGACGUGCUUGUUCCACUUGCACAUAUCAAGCUGUAGUUCCAAUGCUAAAAUGCCAUUAAAAAUAUACCGAAACAA